UUAUAACGAAACACUCGACUCGGCCACUCAGCUCACUUGCAUUAUCCAUUUUCAUUCCUGCAUUCAUAGAUUUUUUAUUUAUUUAUUUCAAACCAUCACACCAUCCCGCCCAACAUGUCUGAACGCAUUGCUUCUGUUGAAAGGACCACGAGCGAGACGCAUAUCUCUUGCACUAUCGACCUCGACCACAUCCCAGGUGUCACCGAGCAGAAAAUCAAUGUCAGCACUGGUAUCGGGUUCCUUGACCAUAUGUUUACAGCGCUCGCAAAGCACGGCGGCAUGUCUCUCCAACUGCAGUGCAAGGGCGACCUUCACAUUGACGACCACCACACGGCGGAAGACUGCGCUUUGGCUCUUGGCGAAGCGUUUAAAAAGGCGCUUGGAGAGAGGAAGGGAAUCAAGCGAUAUGGAUAUGCUUAUGCUCCCCUUGAUGAGUCGCUUUCAAGGGCUGUGAUUGACAUUUCUUCCCGGCCGUACUUUAUGUGCCACCUUCCCUUCACUCGGGAAAAGGUUGGAGAUUUAUCGACGGAAAUGGUGUCUCACCUUCUUCAGUCGUUUGCCUUUGCCGCCGGUGUAACCCUUCACAUUGACUCGAUCCGAGGAGAAAACAACCACCACAUCGCCGAGUCUGCCUUCAAGGCGCUCGCUCUGGCUAUCCGAAUGGCGAUCAGCAGAACCGGCGGCGAUGACGUUCCUAGUACCAAGGGUGUCCUUGCUUUAUAAUAAUAGUAAUAAUAAUAAUAACUAUUCAUAUCAUACAUUCGGUCUUUGGUGGUAUGUCUGCUCCAAAUGGGUAUGUAUCAUUAUCGCGCGAU